AUGUCGUCGGGAAACAAUAACGGCCUCAUAGAUAAGGAAUUUACGAUUCACAUAAUGGAUGAUGGCAGUAAGGCAUCAACCAUCGAGCGCUUUUGCAAAGACGUUCAAGCGCCCGCGGUCAACAUACCAACACCCGAGGAUUUUUUUGACAAGAACGAUCCAGAAAAGCCAGACAUUCAUUUUUUGAAAAACCAUUUUUGUCGCGAAGGAAGAAUUUCGGAGGAACAUGCAUUAUAUAUCAUUAACAAGGGCACGGAAAUAUUAAAGAAAGAAAAUAACUUGUUGGAAGUGGAUGCACCCAUAACAGUUUGCGGUGAUAUUCACGGUCAGUAUUACGAUCUGAUGAAAUUGUUCGAAGUCGGUGGAAAUCCUGCCGAGACUAGUUAUCUCUUCCUCGGGGAUUACGUCGACAGAGGUUAUUUUUCGAUUGAGUGCGUUCUCUAUUUGUGGUCAUUGAAAAUAUGGUAUCCCAACACGUUGUUCUUAUUGCGUGGUAAUCACGAAUGUCGUCACUUAACGGAUUAUUUUACAUUCAAGUUGGAAUGCAAGCACAAGUAUUCCGAAGAAGUCUACGACGCCUGCAUAGAAUCAUUCUGCGCCCUCCCACUGGCGGCUAUAAUGAACAAGCAAUUUCUAUGCAUCCAUGGUGGUUUGUCACCGGAACUUGAAACCUUGGACGAUUUACGUAAUAUUAACAGGUUCAGGGAACCACCCACGCACGGAUUAAUGUGCGAUUUGUUGUGGGCCGAUCCUUUGGAAGAAUUUGGUCAAGAAAAAACGAACGAAUCUUUCAUACACAACCAUGUACGAGGAUGCUCUUUCUUUUUCAGCUAUCAAGCGGCGUGCAACUUUUUGGAAAAGAAUAAUCUAUUGUCUAUUAUCCGUGCACAUGAAGCUCAGGAUGCGGGGUAUCGAAUGUAUCGCAAGACGAAGACCACUGGAUUCCCUUCUGUUAUGACAAUCUUUUCUGCACCCAACUAUUUGGACGUAUACAAUAACAAGGCUGCGGUGUUAAAGUAUGAAAAUAAUGUCAUGAACAUUCGUCAAUUCAAUUGCACACCUCAUCCAUAUUGGUUGCCCAACUUCAUGGAUGUUUUCACUUGGUCUCUACCUUUUGUUGGUGAAAAGAUCACAGAUAUGCUUCUAGCCAUCUUAAACAUUUGCAGUAAAGAGGAACUAUUAGAUCACGAGCUUGCAGUCGAACCCGAGCCUGAACCUAAAGUAGAACCAGGUGAGGGAAGCAUACGCUUCAAUGUAGCCAUCGAGCCACCGAGCGAUGGUUCGGAAAGGCGCCAGGUCAUCAAGA